ACUAUAAAUAGUUAAAUACAUACACACCAACCAGCGCCCCAACCAACCCUCUGUCUGGCGGAGCUGGGGAUGUCAGAUGAGGGAGGGGGAGACGACGACUAGAAUCUAGACGCAAUAGACCACGCCAGUGGUCAACGACCCCCAUCCUCUGGACAGACCUUCUGGCUGGUUCGACAGCCCUUCUGUCAAGUCCAAGCAGGCAGCUUGGGGUAGGUCUGUUAGGCAGAUCUGUGCCUUCGGAAGACUUCUGGAGGUGCAAUUUUGCAAGGAGAACCCAUGAUUUCUUCCAAGGGCCUGCUACUUGUAACUCAUGAACCCAGCUUUGUCAACACGGCACCAGGUCCUCACAUCAGAGGAAAUACAUUGAGAGCAUACUCUUUAGGUGACAAGGAAGUUGAUCUCUUACUACCUGGUACUGCAAGGUUACGAGUGCAGUUAGGAGUUAACAUGCCGGCUCAGGCUAUUCGCAAGCUUCAGCGGGAUCGAGAGGAUGAUUUUGAAAUUGGACUUUUUGAGGUUUAUGACGUUGUUCUUUACAUGGGCAUAAUCGAUAUGUUGCUGGAAUACAAUGUGAAAAAGAAACUGGAGCAUGCAUACAAAUCAUUCAAAUUUGACCCCCUUACUAUACAAUAUCAGUCGUUGAACCCAAGCUUUCUUGCCAAUAGGUUAAAGGAGGUUUUACCUUCUGUAAUCUCUUCUAACCAAAGUGCUUUCAUCCCUGGAAGAUUAAUCACGGAUAAUGUUUUAGCAGCUUAUGAGACUCUGCAUACAAUGCAUACUAACAUGUGA